CAGAGGGUGGCGGUAAUGUCAUUUUUUAUAUACAUAUCAUCGCAGAGGGAAGCAGUGUGCGUCUCCUGUCCAUACGUGUACUUACCAAGCUAACCGUAUGCUUAUUUCUGCACAGAUAUGGCUCAUUUAACAACAAAGCCGGACGAUAAAGAAAGGUUCAUCUGCAUAUACCCUCUAUACAUCAACAGUAAAAAGACACUAGCAGAGGGACGAAGAAUACCCUCAGAGAAGGCUGUUGAAAAUCCCACAUGCGCAGAAAUCAAGGAUGUUUUGACUGCUGCGGGACUGAAUGUUUUAGUGGAGAACAAGAUGCACCCUCGUGAGUGGAAUCGGGAUGUGCAGUUCCGAGGGAGAGUGCGAGUCCAGAUUAAACAAGAGGAUGGGAACCCUUGUCAAGACAAGUUCGCCUCACGCAAAGAGGUGAUGUUCUAUGUGGCUGAGAUGAUCCCAAAGUUAAAAACAAGAACACAGAAGAGUGGAAGUGGAGAGACGGGUGCACAGCAAGGAGAGGGAGGGAAGAAGGGCAAGAAGAAGAAGAAGUAGUAGAUAACUUUCUCUCUUUUCUCUGCCUAUCUACGAACCAGGUUUUAAAAGGAUGAACCAAUGUGAGAAAUCCAUGCAACCCGUUUCAUUUAUGAGGUUUUUUUUUUUUUUGCCCAUUAUAUCGGAUGAGAAGGACAAUUUUUGGCCCAGUGUCUCAGACACAGUAAGUGACACGCACACUAUUUUGGACUCCUUUCCCUUUUUUUCCCCCUUUUGGAUUUUUUUUUUUAUUCUGUGUUUGCAAGGGCCAGUUUUGUACCAAGCUGUAUUCCAUUUAGUUUAUAAUAUGAUGUCUUAAGAUGAACAGAAGAAAAGUCUGAGUUACCGCAGAGAUACACCAGCGGCGAUCUGAGCGAGUCGAGCGACGGAAGUAAUUGACUUUGUAUUGAGUCGAGAGACAAAAGCGAUUCAGGAGACUAGAGCGAUUUGCGCGACGAGCGCGACAAUUUGAAGUUGAAAUCUUUUCAACUUUCUAUGACGCGGUUCGGCGACAAGCCGCGACAGCCAAUGACUGUAUAGAGGUCAGUGACCACAGCCAAUGGGAAUGCUUGAAUGCUUUGCCUUCUGCCUGUACGGACAUACUCUAGUCUCCUCAGUCUCUCGUAUCGCUUGCUGCUACACUCUGUCGCUUGAAUCGCGUCGCCUCUGGUGUAUCUCUGCGGUUACCUGAAAUUAUUGAUUGGCCACAUGAUUGCAUUGCUCAAGUACACAUUUGUGAUCUACUUACAUGGGUGAAAUGUGAAUUGUAUCUUCAACACAAUUUUCUUUGUUUUGGCAAUGUCGUUUGCUCGCCGUGUAAGGGUGUUUUUAUUUAAUUAUAAAAAAAGUCAUGCAAUAAACAUUUCACAAAUGUUGA